AUGGCCAUGUGGCUCCAACAAGACACCAGGAGUUGCUCGGUGGCAGUGCAGAUGGGGCUGGCUGCGGCUCUUGAUAAGUCUUCCGCAGCGGUCGUCAGGCUGGGCGGAGGUCCGUGCGCAAGGGGGCUAGCCAGAUGUCUGUGCGGGCUUGGGAUAGAAAUCUCUAGAAUCCAAGAGGGAGCGAUCGAUAAGCCUCCACUCAGGAUGACUGUAACCUUCGGCCCUGCAUGGCUUGGGUUGGAGAAGAAUGCCUCUGAACCAGGACAGGGCUAUCUCGACGAAGUGGUGGCAUUGAAAACCCCUUUGUUCUAA